AUGAAUCAAGGAAGUUUUCAUAACAACUCUCCCAACAAUUAUCAAUAUAAUUCAAACUACGACAACAAUCAUUCGCAUGCACACCAACACCACGCGAGCUUUGUCAAUAACUACGACAACAAUAACGGCGGUAACCACCAUCAACCCAUGGGAGAUGGUAGGAAAAGGUUUAGAAGCUCAGGGAAUAAAUCAGAGACAAACGACAAACUUUCAUCCAGCAUGACUGGUGGUAGCAAACCUCCAUUCUGUGCUACAAAAGCUACUUGGCCAGUAACGGUAUCAUGUGAAAUGAACAUUGAAGAGUGGAAACAAGCUUUAGAUAGAGCGGGCUUGUUGCCAGAAAUGCUCCAUAUCCUUGAGGGUUUCAAAAUCGGUUUCGAUCAAGGGAUACCUGAUCAUAAGGUUGGUAAUGAGAGAUGGUUUACACCAGACAAUCACUCCUCAGCUGUCAACGCAGAAGAGAAGAUACAAAAAUCUAUAAAGGAAGAGGUAGAGGCCGGGAGAAUGUUUGGCCCAUUUUCACACGAAGAAGUAGCUGAAAAUUACGAAUUUUUUCGGACUAGUCCCUUGGGUUCAGUUGUAAAUGCAGACGGGAAGAUGCGUCCCAUCAACAAUCUGUCCUUCCCAAGGAAUGACAGCGAGAUAAAGUCGGUGAACUCUUAUGUGGAUAAGUUAGAUUUCACCACCACAUGGGACGAUUUCACGAUCGUAUCGACCUUUUUCAGAUCACAUUCCGAACUGUUUGAGCUUGCCCUUUUCGAUUGGGCAAAAGCUUAUCGGCAAAUUCCAACGAGGGAAUCACAGUGGAAGUACUUGAUGGUGAAGGACCUUCAUGGAAGACUCUACGUCGGCACCAGGAUUACCUUUGGAGGCGUUGCCGGAUGCGGUUCUUUUGGUUUGCCAGCAGAUGCCUGGAAACAAAUAAUGCAGUCAGAAUUCGAUGUCGUCAAAAUAUUUCGGUGGGUCGACAAUAAUCUUUUUGUCAAACAGAAAAAUUCCUCUUGCGACAUGAAAUCCAUAGCCGAGAGGUCGGUAAAAUUAGGAGUCGCAACUAGCGUUGAAAAAUGCUCAGAAUUUGCUGAGGAACAGAAAUUCAUAGGAUUCAUAUGGAACGGGGUUUCCAAGACGGUUAGGUUACCAGAUGCAAAAUUGGAAAAGCGUAAAGAACAAAUCAGAGAAUAUUUACAACCGAUGAAUGAAUUCAAGCUUAAUCAAGUCAAAAUUUUGGCAGGAAGACUCAAUCAUGUAUCGUUGCUCCUUCCGCAACUAAGAUGCUAUUCUAGAAGCGUCUACAGGUGGAUGAACAAAUGGAAGAAGAAAUGGGCUACGCGGGCGCCACCAGAAGACGUAAUAGAAGACUUAUUGUUUUGGUUAUCGACCCUGAACAGCUAUUCAAGUACCAGGCUAUGCCCCUUGUUAGACCCUACCAAGAUAAAUUGGGUAGGUGACGCGUCGACAAGUUUUGGAAUAGGCGUCCUCAUUGGAAGACGGUGGUCCCAACUGCGGCUGAAAGAAAAUUGGUCAGACGCAAGUCAAAAGCGAACGAUCGCGUGGCUGGAGACGGUCGCGAUCAGGAUAGGAAUCCUGAUGUUGCUGUCCAUAGGCACAAACUUGAAAGGCCGUAACUUCAUAGUCUGGACGGAUAAUACUACGACGGAGAACACACUACGAUCGAGAAAAUCAAGAGAUUUCCAUUCGAACAACGAAUGGAAACAAAUCCAGAAAUUACUGAUUACUGAGGAUCUAGACAUCACCCCUUCAAGGGUGACCUUGGCUGAAAACAUCUCCAAUGGAUUGUCGAGAGGGGUCCAAAGACCUCAUGUAAGGGAAAACAGGGUCUGGUUUGAUAUCCCCGACGACUUGUCCACCUUCAUGUUUCACGCAUAG